AUGGAAUAUAUGAAGAACAAUAAACUGGCGCUGCCCACUCCAGCGCCUAGGCGCUGCUUCCUCUUCUCAGCUUCUUCUUCAGCUUGUCUUCUCACACUCAAUAAUUCUGAGAGCACUACAUUUGUGCAAGGAACAAUUGGAUAUUUGGAUCUUGAAUAUCUUCAGUUUGGCCAAAUGACCGAGAAAAGCAAUGUUUACAGUUUAGGAGUAGUCCUAGCUGAAUUAUUAACUGGUAGGCAGGUCGUUUCUUUCGACAGACCAGAAGAAGAAAAAAAUCUUGCUCCAUACUUUCUUUCUGCAAUUCAAGAAGACCUCUUAUUACAAAUUCUUGACCAGAAUUUGUUAGGACGAGAUAAAAUUGAGCAGCUGAAACGAGUUGCAAAACUUUCAGUAUGGUGCCUCAGCGAAAAACGAGAAGAGAGGCCUAGUAUGGAAGAGGUUGCAACGGAGCUUGAAGCAUUGAGAUCAGUGGAGAAUCAUUCACGGACAGAUGAAGAUUUGAAUCAUGAAAAACUGGAGCAUUUAUUUAAUUGUACAACCUCUUCAAAUUUCAAUGGUGGAUUUCUUGUACGUCAUAAACUUUCUAGGGACUACCUAGACAUAGAAACAGUUAGAAUUUUUCCGGCAGAAGACCUACAGAGAGACACAAACAACUAUGAGGAAGGAAACAUAAUUGGUCGGGGGCGUUAUGGAACAGUUUACAAGGAAAACUUACCUGAUUAUGGAGUGGUUGCAAUUAAGAAGUCAAGAAUAAUUUAUCAAGGGAAAAUUGAGAAGUAUAUCAAUGAAGUUCAAAUUGUUUCCCAAAUCAACCACCGGAAUGUGGUGAAAAUAUUGGGUUGCUAUUUGGAAACGGAAGUCCCUUUACAAGUUUAUGAAUUCAUUACAAACGGGACCCUUUUCAGCCAUAUUCAUGAUCCAAUUCUUGCUUCCAACUUUUCGUGGGAAAUGAGGAUAAAAGUAGCAGCAGAAACUGUUUCAGCACUUGCAUAUUUGCAUAUGGUUCCAAUUAUACACGGAGAUAUAAAGAAUGCUAACAUAUUGCUCGACCAAACUUAUACAGCAAAAGUAUCUGAUUUUGGAGCUUCCAGGUUUGACUAUAGAUAUUUAAAUUGUUUUACAUAA